UGUGAUCUCACCUUCCCAUUUCCGAUUGGAUCGCUAUAUUUAGGAAAGCACCCGUGCUUUAUAAAGAGAUCGCACUGGUUUCUGGUAAAGGUUCUGGAGUUUGGAGACGGGGUCGGCUUACGGGAAAAGUCUGUUGAGUCUCAUUUAGAGUAUGUGAGCAGCAGUGAGAGUGAGUACAACGACAUCAACUGUGUUUUUGGCUAGCCUACUACAUUUAAGCGAGAGCUAGGGGGAAAGGGGCAGGAAUGGCAGACAUACGGAAGAAACUAGUCGUGGUGGGGGACGGCGCAUGUGGGAAGACAUGUCUACUGAUUGUUUUCAGCAAAGACGAGUUUCCCGAGGUGUAUGUCCCGACUGUGUUUGAGACCUAUGUGGCGGACAUAGAAGUGGAAAACAAGCAAGUCCAGCUAGCUUUGUGGGACACAGCGGGGCAGGAGGACUACGACCGGCUGCGCCCUCUCUCUUAUCCGGACACUGAUGUCAUUCUGAUGUGCUUCUCCGUGGACAGCCCGGACUCGUUGGAAAACAUCCCUGAAAAGUGGAUCCCUGAAGUCAAACACUUCUGUCCGAAUGUGCCAAUUAUAUUAGUGGCCAACAAGAAAGAUCUGCGCAACGACGAGAACGUAAAGAACGAUCUGUCCCGGUUGAAGCUGGAGCCUGUGAAAACAGAGGAUGGCCGGGCCAUGGCCAUGCGCAUUGGCGCAUAUGACUAUUUGGAGUGCUCUGCCAAAACCAAGGAGGGGAUCUGGGAGGUUUUCGAAACCGCAACACGGGCAGCCUUACAAAAACGAAAAACUACAUCAAAAAGUUGUCUCAAAUGCUGUGUUUUGAUGUGAAUCGACCCCGUCUGGAAAACCGUGACGCACAGACUAGACGUUUCCACCGCUGGGAUCUGUGUCUGAGCAUGUAGGCUGUGGACAGUGACUAGUUUGGAUACUCCCUUGUGAUCAGACGACCUUCGUUAAACCAAAACGAAUUACUACAAACAAGUUGUUUUGAACACACUCGAUAAUCAAACCGGGUUUUGUGCGUGUAAUGCACUGGUUGCAGAAUCUUUGUGGGUCACAUAAACCCAGACUUGCAGGCGGAAACGGCAAACCGCUACAUUUCAAUGGACGCCUUAUUGAUAUCCUUCUAAAUGUAGAUAUGGCUUUUCCAAAGGACUGCUUUCAGCCAAUAUUUAAAUUGCUCACUUUUUUUGUGUUUCAAAGUGUUUGCAUAGGCUAUGGCCUUACUGCCAAGGUUAUACUUUGUAGCCUAAUAAGCAAAGCAGUAAAAAAUUGCACUGUUAUUUAUGUCCACUUUGUAUUGUAAAACAACUGUAUUAAGUUUGGGACUUUGCACAGCAUCUGAAUACUACAGUCAUUCACAGAAAGUGAAUUCAUAAAAAAGCCAGAGUCCAUGCAAGGAUGCCCAUCUUCUAAUGUUUUACGCCAUUUUGAAUAAACGCAUUAAGUUUACAUUCAAAACAA